AUGGGAGCAAACGGUCAAGCAUCAAAUAAUGACCUUUUGCAAAUUUUGAGAGAAUUACGUGACGAUGUGAAGGACAUUAAAUGCAAUUUAGCAGAACAAAAACAACAUAUUGCCGAAUUAGAUAAUAAGGUAUUGGUUCUGCAAUCUGAAAAUGAAAAUUUGAAAAGACAAUUGGAAUUUACCCAACAAAAACUGAAAAAAAAUAACGAUAUCAUUUUCGGAAUACCUGAAAGUAUAAACCAGAAUCUUCAAGAUGAGUUUGUGCAUCUGAUACAAACCAAUCUUGGUAUACCAAUAACAACAAACGAUUUGAAUGAUAUAUACCGAAUAGGACAAGCAAAAACAGGGCAAUCUAGACCAGUCAUAGUAGAAUUCGUUCGAAAUUUCACAAAGCAGAUCAUUAUUAAAAACAGCUUCAAAUUGAAACAGGUCAAAAUUAUCAUCACCAAUGAUUUAACUCCCAAAGAAAGGGAAGAACAAAAAAAGUUAUAUAAGCAUCUUCAGGAAGCCAAAGCUAAAAACUACAACGCAAAAAUAUCAUACAAUAAACUCAUCGUGAAUGGUGAAAGAUAUACACUGAAGCAAUUAGAGGAAACUGCAAAAAUCGAAGAAUUAACUGAUGGGGUUAGAUCUCCUCAGAGUGAUAUUCCAACUCGAAAAAAUAACAGCGCACCUCCUACCCCAACAACAAGUGUAGAUAUCGUCAGCGAAGAAUCUUCGGAAUUUCCGCACGUGAAAGAAGCGACACAAAAACUGGAAAAAUUGGAAUCCAACGAAAGAAAAACCUUCGUGAAUGAAGCAAGAAAUAGAAAACCAUCACAAGGUUCUAUAUCAACAAGAUCUACAGUAAAAUUACAAACUCCUCCAGUCCGGAAACAAUAA